AUGAUCCAUAAAGCAUUGCAUAACAAUUCAUCGUCAUUUACAAGCCUCAUUUAUACACAUUCAAACGAUUUAAAAUAUCGUUAUUAUAAAGGGCAGUCUUACUGUGGUGCUGUAUCAAAUGAAAAUGAUGUGAAUAUUUACCGAUGGGCACAAAAAAACAAUCAACAUCGUCUUAUCGCAAUUCGAACAUUUACUUCAACAUCUCGCAAAAAAGAAGUUGCCGAAAAGUUUCGUCAAUUACCAGAAAACUCAGAUAAACUAAGUGUUCUGCUCGAAUUUAGUUUUCCAGUAGAAUGUAACACAGCAAUUAACUUAAAUGCGAUUAUUGAUAAACAAUUACCGUGUUUAUCUUAUUUCCAAAAUGAAGAAGAAAUUCUGUUAUUACCAUUUACAUUAUUUAAAGUGAAUACCAUCAUACAAGACAAAUACACUAAAAGAUACACGAUAGCGCUUAUGAACGUAGAAAUACCAAAUAUUUAAAAAAGCGAUAUUCAUUAUGCUAAUUUUACUUUUUGCUGUAGUCGCAAGCAUAAUUGUUCCUUCUGAUGAUGUUAAACAUAAUUGAGAGUGUCCUUCCAAGUAUCAUACAACAUACCAGAGGCUAUGUUCCCUUAUAAUGUC